AUGUGGGAGGUUCUUGAGGUGACGCAUGAAGGCACAGACGAAGUGAAACGGGCUAGGAAAAACUCCCUUGUACAAGAGUAUGAAUUAUUCAGGAUGAAAGCUGGCUUUGGACACUCUGAGGAUGACAGUGAUAGUGAUUUCGAGAAUGAACCAAUAGAGGAUAAUGAAAAGCUUAAAAAUGAAUUACAAGCUGCAUUACAAUCUGCUAAAGCGAAUGUUAAAUUUGAAAUAAAGGUUGUUGAAAAGAAUUGUGAUAACUAUCUAGUACACCUUGAGAAAAUUGAUUACUUAACCAGCACAUUAGCUAAAUUUACACAAGGUAAAGAAAAUUUAGAUGUUGUGUUAAGAUCAUCUGGAAGGGUAAUCAAUAGGCAAGGUAUUGGCUACAAAGCAAAGAGUAAUAGGAUUAAUUCAAAGAAGUUUAUUGAUCUUAGUAAGCCUAUUACUAAUGCUUGUUUUUACUACAACAACAUUGGUCACAAUGUUAGAAACUGCUAUUACAGAAAUGUUGGAGUUCCAAAGGGAAAAUUCAAAUGGAUUCCUAAGGAAUUACCUCCUGCAACUGACAAGAUAGGACCCAAGUUCAAAUGGUUCAUCACAAAGGAAGAGAGUAAAAACCUUGGGACCAAAAACAUGAGCAGACCAUCGCAACUAGAAGGUUGGAUUAGCAACGAUGAAUCUCAAUCCAAAUUUCUCGACUGUUGGAAGAUGAGAAAGUUAACCACACAUAAAUUCCUGAAACUCAGCUUUUUCAGAAGUGAAGGCUUUCUGUUUCAAAACUGGUUGAAACGUCAAGGUGUGAGGAAAUUUGUUGAAAUGGCUGACCCUUGGUAUCGUGAACUGGUGAAAGUUUUCUACUACAAUCUUUGGAUUAGUGAAGGAACUUUAUGCUCAAGGGUCCAAGGAGUUCACAUCAAACUUAUAGAUGACAUUUGGACUAAUAUAGCUGGUUUAAAACUAGGAGGAGAAAGGUGUCAUAUGGGCAUGGAAGGUUUUCAUAAAUUCUCUGUAUAUCAGGAUAGCUUGAGAAAUCCUGAGGAAGUCCGAGAUUACUCCCAUUACAAAACUGGUGGAAUGAAGAAAGAUGAUAGACUAGCUGUUUUUGUUAUUUCUUGGAUAUUAAUGCCUAUAGGAAGCAAUCAUGCACAAGCCACCACUGAAGACUUGUAUUUGCUGAAAGCGUUCAAAGAAAACAUCCAGGUGAACUGGCCUAUAGCUGUAUCGGACAAUAUGUUGAAGGUAACCAGACUCGAAUCAACAACGUUGCCUUAUUGUGUAUUCAUCUCUAAGGUUCUAAUUCAUUUAGGAGUUGACUCCAUUGGUGAGUCAAGUGAGUCCUACAGCAGAACAAGUCUGAUUAACAAGUUUGUUCUACAUAAGAUGGGCAUGCAACAUACUCCAAAUGGUUGGUUGUUCAAGAAUGAAGUUGCUGAAGAAGAUGAAGAGGCAGGAGGAUCUUCAUCAAUACAGGGCUCGGUCUGA